AAAUUCCUAAUUAGCCUCAUUUUUAUGUUCAAAUGCACCAACCUAUCAUUAAUUCUCUUAUACAUUAUUGAUUAUUCCAACACUUUCACCAACACGUGAAAUAUUGUUUCACGUACCCAAAACUCUCAUGCAACUCCUAUAUAUAUCACAAUGCUCUCACAACAAAAUCCCACCCCAAUUCCAACCCAGACGUCAUUACUAAAUAAAUUCUCCAAAAAUGGCUCCUACUUCUCCUAUUUUUACCAAAAUUGGGAUAAUUGGAGCUGGAGUUAGUGGUAUUGCAGCAGCCAAACAGCUGAGACACCAUGAUCCCAUUGUAUUUGAAGGGACUGAUACGAUUGGAGGGGUGUGGAGCCAUUGCUGCUACAGCUCCACUAACCUCCAAUCGACUUACAAAGACUACGAGUUCUCGGAUUUCCCAUGGCCUGCUGCUGCAGUGAAAAAGGAGUUUAGCUUUCCUUCCCACCUAGAGGUCUUGGAUUACCUCAACUCCUACGCCCGCCAAUUUGACGUCCUCAAAUGCGUAAGGUUCAAUUCUAAGGUGGUGGCGCUCCGCUACCUGGGCGGAAAAACUACCACUGACAAAAUGGAUACACCGGAAGAAUAUGGCAGCCUCCUCUCGGGUCACCCCGUUUGGGAAGUUGCUGUCCAGACCAACAACUCGGACGAAAUUCAGCUGUACAAUUUCGAGUUUGUGGUGAUGUGCAUUGGAAGGUAUGGAGAUGUAGCGAUGAUGCCAGAGUUUCCAGAGAAGAAGGGACCUGAGAUAUUUGAAGGAAAAGUUUUGCAUACAAUUGAUUACUGCAAACUUGACAAAGAUGCCACUUCUGAUCUCAUUAAGGAUAAGAAGGUUUCUGUUAUUGGCUAUAAGAAAUCAGCUAUCGACUUGGCUUUGGAAUGUGCUCUACAAAACCAAGGAUCAGAAGGGAAACCAUGUACAUUGGUAGUAAGGACUCUGCAUUGGGCAGUUCCCCAUUACUGGAUUUGGGGUUUGCCGUUUUUCCUUUUCAAUUCCACAAUGUCUUUACAGUUCCCCCUUGAAAAGCCCAACCAGAGCAUUCUAAGGCUCCUCCUUUCCUCUCUUUUCUCUCCAUUAUUGAGGAAAGUGGCUUCAAAGCUCAUAGAAUCUUAUCUGCUAAGGAAACUUCCCUUGGAGAAGUAUGGACUAAAACCAGAACACCCUUUUGUGGAAGACUAUGCAUCUUGCCAGAUGGCUGUUAUACCAGAAAAAUUCAUCCCAGAAGCUGAUAAGGGAAACAUUGUCUUUAAGAAAGCAUCAAAUUGGUGGUUCUGGGAAAAAGGAAUCGAGUUUGAAGAUAAGUCGAAAAUUGAAGUUGAUGUUGUAAUCCUUGCAACUGGCUAUGAUGGAAACAAAAAGCUUAAAGCUAUCAUGCCAGAGUCAUUCCGCAGCUUAGUGGACUAUCCAUCUGGUCUCAUACCACUCUACAGGGGUACUAUCCAUCCUUUGAUCCCAAACAUGGGAUUUAUAGGCUAUGUCGAAACUGUUGCGAACCUGCAUUCAUCAGAAAUGCGUUCCAUGUGGCUGUCUCGAUUGGUGGACAAGAAGUUUAAGCUCCCGGGAGUGCCAACAAUGCUUGACAAAACACUUAAGGAGAUGGAAGUUAUGAAGAGAACCACCAGGUUUUACAAGAGGAACUGCAUUUCUAUUUACAAUGUCAAUCACAAUGAUGAAAUAUGUGAGGAAAUGGGAUGGACCGCUUGGAAGAAAAAGACCUGGGUAUCUGAAGCACUUAGCAAAUUCCGUAGUAGAGACUAUUUUAACUGAUAAGAUUGACAUAAAGUUACCAUAUACAUAAAAUGCAGUCAAAAAGGCUCUGCAGUGAUUUAGCCAAGCUUAUUAUGUACUAUAUAGUAGUGUAUCCAACAAAUUAAUGUAAAAUCUAAAUAAUAUUGACUUUUAAAAUCCCCAACCCCCCAAAUAAAAUAAUAAAGACUUCGGUUUA